AUGGCAAAAGUAAUUGGGUUAUUUCUUGGAGAAAAUAAAGAGUUUGUCAUCUUAGACGAAGCAAUAUAUGAUACAAAUCAAUUUUACGUCGAGGAGUUUCUAAUUAUAUUGUUGCCAAAUGGUAUCCCACCACGGAAGUUUAUCUUGAAAAGAAAACUGUCCAAUGUUUGCAAUGGAACAAGAAUUAUUUUUCGUGAUUUCAAGGGAUUUAUUAUCCAUGCAGAAAUAAUCGUUGGACAACAUGUUGGAAACCAUGUUUUCCUUCUUUGCAUCCCAUUAAUUCUAGCAAAUGAUGAAGGAUAUCCAUUCAAAUUCAAGAGGAAACAAUUUUCAAGAUAUAUAUGCCUUAUGAUGACCAUUAACAAGGCUCAAGAACAAACAAUGCCUACUGUUGGAAUAUAUCUUCCUGAAAAUGUAUUUUCUCAUGGUCAACUAUAUGUCGCACUUUCUCGUGGAGUUUCAAUGCAAAUAACACAAGUCUUGGCUGUUUACAUAUUAGACAUGCUCAUUCUCCAUGUUAAUAUCCUGGUUUAG